AUGCGGUUCGGCACGCUUGCACUCUCCUUUGUCGUCGUCGGCGCAUCGCCAUUACAGCGUCGCACCGAGCUCGUCUCCUUCGAUCCUCACCCUAUCCCACAAGGAUGGGAGCGAGGAGAGCUUGCGCCCGAUAGUCAUACUGUUCCACUCAGGAUCGGCUUGACGCACGGCAACUUUGCAGAGCUCGAGAUACAGCUCGCGCAAGUCUCCGAUCCGCUGCACGAGAAGUAUGGACAGCAUCUGUCGCGCGAGCAGGUCCAUGCUUUGCUGGCGCCCAAGCCGGACACGCUCGCUCUCGUCAAAGAAUGGCUUGCCUCGCACGAGAUCAUGGAUGAGCACCUUUCCUCUUCCCCGGCAGGCGACUACAUCAGUGUCCGUUUGCCCGUUCGCAAGGUCGAGGAGAUGCUGGACACGCGAUACCACCGCUAUCACAAAGCAUCACAAUCGCUUGUUCGCACACAUGACUACAAACUACCACACUACUUGCACGAGCAUAUCAGCGUCAUCACGCCCACAAACUACUUGCAUAGCAUCAAAGCAAAGAAGAGCACAGUCAGACAUGUCUCUACACUCUCUGGCUUCACAAUUCCCAAAUCCUUCAGCUGGCCCUUCAGCCUUCCUAAUUUCGGCACGCCCGACGUCAGCAAAGUAUGCAACACUUCUGCCGUCACCAAUGUCUGCCUUCCUGGGUACAAGUACCCUGUUGUUCAGAUCGCUGGUGGACCCAAUCAGCAGACGCCCGAUACGCCAGCACAACUUGCAGCAUUUACCGACCUGGAAGCCAAUCUGGAUUCGCAGACUAUUGGCGGCUUCGACUUCCCCACACCCCUCACAGUCUAUUCUACAGGUGGCGAGCCACCUUUCAUCCCUGAUGACAACACGGGAACGGACAAUAGCGACGAACCUUACGGUUCUUGGGCAAGCUACUUCCUCGGUCUUUCUAGCCCUCCUCAAGUCGUAUCGACCUCGUACGGAGACGAUGAACAGAACGUCCCGUUGGCAUAUGCCAAGCAGGUCUGCUCGCAAUUUGCUGCAAUCGGCGCUCGAGGCACGACUCUGUUCUUUGCCUCUGGUGACUCUGGCGUAGAAAGCGAUGGUCCUUACUGCACCGUCAACGAUGGAUCUGGCAGGACAGCUUUCCUGCCCAGCUUCCCGCCCACAUGUCCUUACAUAACGACGGUCGGAGCUACCAAGAACUUUGCACCCGAAGUGGCUGCAUAUGAUCCCGCAAACGGCUUCUACUCUGGCGCAGGCUUGUCGAAUUACUUUGCAGCGCCAUCGUAUCAAAAGCUAGCGGUCGACGGCUACUUCGCCCAAGCAGGCAAUAUUUAUGCUGGCAAGAACCUCUACAACCGCAGCGGUCGCGCUUAUCCCGACAUUUCCGCUCAAGGGCAAUCCUUCUUGAUCUAUUGGGACGGACAGCAAAAUCUUGUUGACGGCACUUCAGCUUCAACGCCGACAGCAGCAGCAAUCUUUGCAUUGAUCAACGAUCGCUUGAUCGUCGCAGGACGACCCGUGCUCGGCUUUGCCAAUCCCCUCAUCUACAGCUUGCUCGCGCCUGGCUUUAACGAUAUCACAUCGGGCGCUUCAGUUGGCUGUGGUACACAAGGCUUUCCGGCGAAGAUUGGAUGGGAUCUGGUCACUGGAUUUGGGACGCCAGACUUCUCGAAACUGAGCGCGUUGUUGGGCCUCUUCAUCUAG